AUGAGACCGAAACGAACAAAACAAUAUAAACGUCUUAUGGCGUUAUAUUCAAAUUCGUUUGGUUUUAGAGAACCUUAUCAAAUUUUAGUGGACUGGAAUUUUAUGCAAACCGCUACACGCUACAAAAUGGAUAUAUGCAAACAACUUUGUAUGGUGUUACUUGGAAAUACAAAGCAAAUGUAUACUUCCUGUACUCUAGCAGAAGUAAAAAAGCAAGGCAAGGAAGGCCUAGAGACAGAACUUGCCUUAAAACAAUUUGAAAGACGAAGAUGUCCACAUAGAAAGCCGGUUUCCAGUGCAGAAUGUUUGGCUUCAAUCAUAGGGAAUGAUAACCCUCAUAAUUAUUGUGUGGCAACGCAGAAUGAAACGCUCCGUCAACAAUUUCGCGUUAUUGCUGGCGUUCCUCUGCUAUAUAUUAAUAGAACAGUAUUAAUUGUUGAGCCACCGUCGGGUGUUACAUUGGAAAAAGCCAGAAAUAAAGAGAUUGCAAAAACUCAUGCACCAGUUGAAGAAUUAAGUUUUUUGAAAAACGCAAAUUCUGAUACACAAAAAAAGGAUGAUGAAUCUCCGAAACCAAAAAAGAUUCGUAAAGGACCUAAACAACCUAAUUCCUUGAGCUGUAAAAAGAAAAAGAAAAAACCUUUGCCACCAUCCUCCAAAACACAAAUUAAUAAAAAGGAAUCAUGUAGUGAUGAUUUCGUAGAAUAUAAGGAGUUGGCUGAUAAAAAACGAAAGCAUUCAAUUGAUAUUGAAGAGGAUAAUGAGCAUGAUGACGAAGACAGCACUACAUCAAAUCAGUCAAAACAAUACGAAGAAAAUUCAGUAAAGAAAAAAAAGAGAAAACGAAGAAGAAAGUCAAAAAAAGAGGCCAAUGCCGGGUCAACUCAAAGUCUUGAACGUCAGCCAAUCUCAAAGAUUUUCUGCGCCCCAACAUUAGCUUCCCCCCAAAAAGAAACUUUCCUUUUUAUAAUUAUCAAGCAACUCUUGUGCUCGUUCGCUCCUUUUGUCUUACUGAGUAUAAACGAUAGUCCUGAGGGACGUAAG